AUGGGAUAUGACGACAUUGUUUGUCACUUCCAGGCAAUUGUCGAUAGAAAUUCAGCUGUUGCAUCAGCAGCUCUUGUUUCAUCAUUUCAUCUGCUUCGGAAGAAUCCGGAGGUGGUACGUCGUUGGGCGAAUGAGGUGCAGGAAGCUGUUUCGUCAGAUUGCAAUAUGGUCCAAUUUCAUGCUCUCGGCUUGUUAUACCAUAUUCGUAGCGGCGAUCGUUUGGCAGUGAAUAAAUUGGUUCAAAAAUGGAGUAAAUCAUCACUACGUUCUCCUUUUGCAACAUGCUAUCUCAUUCGACUUGCUACCAAACUUAUCGAAGAUGAUGAAGCGGGAACAGAAAGUCCCUUCUUCCAGUUCAUUGAAUCAUGCCUCCGUCAUAAAUGUGAAAUGGUUAUCUAUGAAGCUGCUUCUGCGAUAGUUCGGUUGCCACGAACAACUUCAUCGGAAUUGUCGCCAGCUAUUUCAGUGUUGCAACUUUUCUGUUCAUCUCCGAAACCAGCACUGCGGUUUGCCGCUGUUCGGACUUUGAAUAAGGUGUCAGUGAAACAUCCGCAAGCAGUAACGUCGUGUAAUGUUGAUUUGGAACAAUUGAUAACAGAUCAGAAUCGUUCAAUAGCAACACUUGCAAUCACAACUCUUCUCAAAACUGGAGCAGAAUCAUCAGUGGAAAGAUUAAUGAAACAAAUUAGCACAUUUGUGAAUGAAAUAAGUGAUGAAUUUAAGGUAGUGGUGAUUGAAGCAAUCCGUUCACUAUGUUCUCGUUAUCCACGUAAGCACUCGACUCUUAUGUCAUUUUUGGCUACAAUGUUACGCGAUGAUGGUGGUUUCGACUAUAAGAAAAGCAUUGUUGAUACUAUUAUUGCUAUAAUUGCUGAGAACUCAGAUGCAAAGGAAGCAGGUACUAUAUAA